AAAGAAAACAAAGCCAUUACUGGCUAUUAUAUUUGAAAAGAGCUGUAGAUGCAGUUCGGGGUAUAGCACUUGCCUAGCAUGUGCAAAGCCCUGGGUUUGAUCCCAACCUACACACACACACACACACACACACGUAAGCCAGUAGGAAAAAAAAUCAUGUAUUAAGUAGGCUUACUAUGUAUUCAAUGAAGUGUAAUAAGGAAUAAAAUAGAAUAAAGCUGAAUUUAGUAUCCAGACUAUAUCACACCAAGUCGUUACAAAAAAAUUUCACUUGCUACACAAUCAUGAAAGAAUUGUGUGUGUGUGUGUGUGUGUGUGUGUGUGUGUGUGUGUGUGUGUGUGAGCAAAUACAUUUCCCAAGGUGACAAUACAUAGAUUUGCUGGUGAUUGAAACAAACUUGACCUGUUUCUGCUGAACUAGCACAAACCUUAAUAAGACCCAUUACUUGAGAGCUGUGGGAGACAUACUAACAGAGGGCAGAGAGAGCUAACGAUGGAGUAAAUAGAGGGUGGGUGCAAACCCAGGACUCACCAGUGCUAGGACCUAAGCCUCGGGAUACAGUGUUGUGAAAUGUGUGGCUGCUAGAACUCUGUACAGAGAAUGAUUUUACUAGUGUCUCAUUCAUGGAAGAAGGGAUCCUAGAAGUAUUCAGUACUAAUGUUAAGUCCUUACAUUGGCACUGCAGACGAGGCUGAGUCGCCCCUUGCCAUCUCCUAUCUCACCGGGGGCUAAAGAUAAGCGCUCUAGGUCUCUUAACGAGAGACCAAAUGGAGUAAUUUAAAUUUAAAUAGAAAUUCCAGUUCUAAAGCUGGAAGAGAUUUUUCCAGAUGGUUUACUAUUCCCUGAGUUACACAAAGAGUAAGCUGUUGUAGCUUCAGUUUAGCUGGAGGACAAGUGUAUGUGUGGGUGAAUCCACGAGAACCCUAAGUUAAGGGAUAUCAAAUAUUUAUUGGGGGACACUCACAAAUAACCAUAAGGUAGAGAGCCACCGGGGUCCUCUGCCCUUGGGGGCACUGAAAGCUGCGAUCAAAUCUCCAACCACCACACAAGAGAGCGAGCACGCUGCUUCUCUGCUUAUUAGUCCACAGGUAGCACCUCAGACCACACCCAAAGGGCUGGUACCCCAAAAGGUACUGGCUGAAUGAAUUGCCACAGCAGACAAGUAGAGACUGAGCUUUUCUUGACAGCGAGUCCACAUCCGUGAGUUCCAGGAGAGCGCCUGAGCUGUCGGGGGCACUCCUGUUGUAGUGUUUGGAGUGUGUAUUGACUCUACUGCUGCUCACUUACGGCUCAUUACCGCUCAUUUAUUUCCCUUACCCACUGUAAUGCUGCCACUCUGUUUUCCUUAUUCCUAGUGUAUUGGGAUGGGACGUUCGGUGCUUUCCCCAGCACUGUCUUCAGUCUUUAGGACUAACCUUAGGAGGCAGCAGAGAUCUGUCACAACAGGUGUUUUGUCUCUGUACUCGGUAUUAUGUGUUGGAAAUGGCUUGGGGUUGGCUUUCUUGCUACUAACAGGAGUGUCAGGCUACUGUGAGUUGUCACAGCAGUGUGUUUGGUUUUUGUUUUCACAUGCUUACCUUGGGAAACUUGGGUGUAAUGCCGAGAGGUGUGCAGUUCACAGAAAGGAACUUGGGAAACAGUGAAACUCACAACCAGGAAGGGAAAAUCUGCUGACGCCGUGUCAAUCAUCCCAGUGCUGCAAAGAACUCUUCAUUAUGAGUGUAUUGUUCUGGUGAAGCAGUUCCGACCCCCAAUGGGUGGCUACUGCUUGGAGUUUCCAGCAGGGUUCAUCGACGAUGGGGAAAGCCCAGAAGCAGCUGCUCUGCGGGAGCUAGAGGAAGAAACUGGCUACAAAGGUGAUGUUGCUGAAUGUUCUCCAGCUGUGUGCAUGAAUCCAGGCUUGUCAAACUGUACUACACAUGUUGUGACAGUGACCAUCAAUGGAGAUGAUGCUGCAAAUGUAAGGCCGAAGCCCAAUCCAGGGGAUGGAGAAUUUGUGGAAGUGAUUUCUUUACCAAAGAAUGACCUACUGACUAGACUGGACGCUUUGGUAGCAGAAGAACAUCUUACAGUGGAUGCCAGGGUCUACGCCUAUGCUCUGGCACUGAAACACGCCAACUCGAAGCCAUUCGAAGUGCCCUUCCUCAAAUUUUAAGGCCAAGAAGGACACUGGCCAUGUUUUGUAAAUGAGACCAUAAGGCCUUCAUCAUUCAAUGUAUUCAAUUAAGUUUAAUGUAGAUCGGAAAUCAGCUUUUUCAUAAAAUAAAAGCAGCCCCGACUGCAUGUGGCAUGGAAUUAUAAUA